AAAAACUCCGUAAGAAGUCCGACUCUCCAGCCGGGGCCAACCCGAUCGGUGCGUGACGUCAUUUAUGGACGGCCCCUUAUACGUAUUGGCCGUCUUACGCAGUGGUUCUUCUUCACCUGGCCAACAUUGCUCAUCUCCGUCGGUGCGUGGGUGAUCGAUCACUGGCACGUUCAUCAGUUUCGACUUGGCAGUGUUUUGGGUGGCGGGGGAGGUGACACAUCUUCGGCGUUGACAGGGGCAACAGAAUACAGGGACCAAUAGCGUCCUGUACGAUUUAACAAUGGAGGCCUCUCAUACCACCAAGAGAGCAAAGCGUGCUUCUGCCCUGCAAAAGCAGACGGGAGCACUUUCUUUUCACAUCCGACCGUACGAGGAUAAAGAUUUCCAUCGUGUACGUGAGCUCUUCUGUCAAGGAAUGAUGGGACUGGCACGACCCCUAUUUUACAGCACAGUGAGUCGCCCAUCAAAUCUGCUGAUAAUGGUCGCCACUCUGGCUCUGAUUUACAUCUGUACCUCCUCACUCUUGGCUGCCAUCGGAGGAGUAAUGUCGGUGCUUCUUGCCCUCUACUACUGCUGCUGGUUUGCGUACAGCUCCUACGUGACGGCCAUGCUGAACUCACAAAUGGCAAACAUACGGGAGCAUUUUGUGGAGCGUCCCGGCUCCUGUUUCUUGGUGGCUGAGACCACCUGCUGCGACGAAACCACUGGAAGGGGCGGAGGUGGAGACGUCGUGGGAACUUUGGCGCUAGUUUCAAGCACGCAGGACCCCGGUGCGUGUGAGAUGUUCCGCAUGGUGGUAGACGAUCGCUACAGCCGACGUGGAAUCGCCUCGUGCCUCGUCGACGCGGUGCUGCAGAGGGCACGGGAGCACGGGUAUCGCCUCUGCCAGUUGAAGACCACGAUGGUUCAGCGCCCAGCCAUUGCCCUGUAUAAGAAGAAAGGUUUCGUCAUCACAAAAGAAGCACUGUACACGAAUGGACAUUCAUUUUUCAUGCUUCUGAUCAAAUUGAUCAUUUACGAAAUGGAAUAUGUUUUUUGAAGGCUUUCAAUGAUCAAAAGCAUUUCUGCAAUUGCUGAAACGUGGUGUGGUAUCAAGAACAAAAAUGACGGCUACGUUUUUCUUGACUAUCCUAAUGAAUAUACGUGAAGUUUAAAUGAUUUCGGUGUGAAGAAAAAAGAGUGGUUAAUGAUGCGUUGGUAAUCAUUUUAGCAAAAAAUUUUUUUCAAAUAAUAUAUUUUGCAGUCAGUGGCGACUGGACAUUCGGAGUGAGUGGGGAUAAGCCACACCAGUCGAAAUAGAUAAAAUAAAAAAACACAAACGCGCACAUUUUCAAAUGUGUACAUUGAAUAUCACUUAACGAUUUACACGAGCCACUAGUGUGAAAGUUGUGCCUGGGGCUCCGAUACACCAGAGUUGAACUAUUUUUGGUAAUUAUAUUAACAUCAGCACUUAUAAUAUAUAAUCAGUUCAUAUUGUGUACGACGGUUUACGACCAACGAGGUGUAUGCAACACAACGAUUCACGAUUCAAU